UUCAAUUCGAAGAGAAGACAGACCUUGUAUGGCUCACCAAAUCAAAGAGAAGUUCAUUGCCUGGCGCGGCCAUGGCGUCGUUCGGUUCUCUGAAGAUUGCCAUCUUCGAAAGAGAAGAGAGAAAACAACAAUACCAGGCUCAUGUGCGAGGGCUCAAUGCGUACGAUCGCCACAAGAAGUUUAUGCAUGAUUAUGUUCAUUUCUAUGGGAAAAAUAAGACAGGGGAAGAAAAGCUUCCCAUCAAGACUGAUCAAGACACCUUGAGGGAGGGCUACCGGUUCAUUCGUUCAGAAGAAGAUGACAUGGAUACAUCAUGGGAGCAGAAGCUGGUGAAGCGAUAUUAUGAUAAGCUUUUCAAAGAAUACUGCAUAGCUGAUAUGACACAAUACAAAAGUGGGAAGAUUGGUCUCAGGUGGCGUAUGGAGAAGGAAGUAAUAUCUGGGAAAGGGCAGUUCAUAUGCGGUAACAAGCAUUGUGAUGAGAAGAAUGGUUUAGCAAGCUAUGAGGUGAACUUUUCUUAUUUUGAAGCAGGAGAAAACAAGCAAGCCCUUGUAAAGUUGGUAACAUGUGAGAGAUGCUCAAAGAAGCUUCACUACAAGCGAAAGAAAGAAAAGGAGAAAGUGGAAAGGAAGGAGCAAGAAAUGUCCAAAAGGAAGAGGCCAAGUGAUGACAGUUCAGAUAGUGAGGAUGAAGGGAGCAGAACGAGGAGAAAAGGAAAUAAGGCCUCAACAUCAUUUGGGGAUCAUAAAGCUGAUAACAAAGAAGAGUUUGAUGAAUAUCUGGAGGGAAUGUUUCCAUAAUAAUGUCGAUGAUGAUGAAUAUAGGCCUCAAGGCUACACUUCCUGGCCUCCACAACCAUUGUUUUCAGCGAUCCGCUUCCUUGAAACCUUUUCGAAGUCAAAAAAUGGCUGUGGUUGUAUUGUACGUACUCUCUUUUUUCUUGAAACUUAUAUCUUAGCAUUAAACAUCAUGUCUGUGUGGUUGUUUCCUAAGUCGUUUUAUUGUUUUGUAGCCUUGUCAUGAUCUAUAUAUAUUGUUCUGUCAUACGAUCAGCUUUGCAGCUGGGUUCUUGCUCAGAACCAUUUGUAAAAAGCUUCCUCUUUCCCUUGGGAGUGAUGGGAAUAUCAAAUCGACCUAUGGUACAUUGGUUAGUCA